UUGAGGAGAGAGGAAACACACUUCAGCGUGCCUACUGCUUACUCUUCACAAGAAAAAGGCCUUGGAAGAGAAGCUGUGUUGGAAAAGAAGUACAUGUUGGUCUCGGCAGUGGGUGGAUUAAGGAAGGAGUGGAUGACAGAGGAAUGGGGAAUGGCUGAAUUUAGAUCUAUCUCUGAGGGCAGAGUGCAGGAGGACUGGAGGCUGGGCUCCCCAGAUACCACAGCCCACUGUCAGCAGCUCCUCUGAACUGACAAACUGUUGAAGGCAGUGCCUGGUCCACCACCUCCUCCACUUUCUCCUCUCAAAACUCCCUCUGCCUGCCUACUACAGUACCACUAGACUCUCUUGUCUGCCAGCCUCGUGCUCUUUUCUCUGCCCAGACCAAUAGAGGGGGAUUGCCGUUCCACAAAGACUGCAGCGGAAGACCCACAGACAGGCAGGCAGGUGUGCUCUGCUCUCUGGCAUGCUCCAACACAGCUGGGUCUCUUCAGCCAUCAGUGGAUCAGCCUGCCUCCUGCCAUUCAUCCAUGAUAUGACUGGGAUCCUCCUGGGGCCUCCUGGACCUACAGCGCAAAGGGAAGGGAACUCUGCUGCUACCUCGCCGAGGUGCAUGAAUUGAGGAGCAAACUGAAGUGAAAAGAGGAAAUUCAGCAACUCUGGAUAUUUUUUUCUUUGUUCAAAACUCAACUAGCACUCGCUGACCUGACAUACUCACAUACACGUGUGUGUGUGUGUGUGUGUGUCUGCAAAUCUCUCCGACACGGACGAAACGUUCCAUUUUGUGAGUUGUGCGACUGGAUGACCACUGGAUGGAUAGAAUGGCGACAACAUUGAGAAGAGACUGACGCACCAUGGCACGCUGUCCAAGACACACAAAAGCCCACUGGAGCCUGCACUGAGGAAUUAUCUGCUGUCAGGACCCGCGCCUGCACCAGGGCGAUAGGGAGAGACGGAGCCAAGGAGCCAGGCUCAGGCCACCGCAAGGUGAGGGUGCCGCCGUGCCGGAGAGGAGGAGACUCGCAACUCGCCGAUGGCGUCCUCCGCCAUGCAGAUCCUCGCCUUUGCCCUGGCGCUGCUGGGCGUCCUGGGCGCCACUGUGGCCACGCUGCUGCCCAACUGGAAGGUGAGUGCCGACGUGGGCUCCAACAUCAUGACUGCCAUCUCCCAGAUGCAGGGGCUGUGGAUGGACUGCACCUGGUACAGCACUGGCGUGUUCAGCUGCACCUUGAAGUACUCCGUGCUGUCGCUGCCCGCCUACCUGCAGACCGCCCGGACGACAAUGGUUCUGUCGUGCAUGAUGGCUUGCCUUGGCCUCUGUCUCGCUGCACUGGGGCUCAAAUGUACCCGCUGGGGGGGCAGUCACCGGGCAAAGGGACACGCGGCCAUCGGGGCGGGGGGUUGCUUCAUCUUGGCUGGCAUCCUCUGCUUGGUGCCCGCUUCCUGGUUCACCAACGAGGUAAUCACUACCUUCCUGGACUCCAACGUACCCGAGAGCAGUAAAUACGAACCUGGGGGGGCCGUGUACGUGACCUUUCUCUCUGCCGGCCUACUGCUGGCCGGUGGGGUCAUCUUUUGUUUGUCGUGUCCCGGGAAAAGAGAGGGGCAGUUGGACUAUACGUCGACAUCCACCUCUACCACCUUUCCUGACAAACUACUGCAGCAGCAGAUAAACCAGGAGCAAAUACAGCGCGACCAGCUCCAGCGUGACCUGAUAAUGCGGGAGCAACUGCAACGGGGGCAGAAGGACUUUGAACAGCAGACGUCGCCUAAUGAGCAGUCAAGCCGCGAGCAGCUUCAAUGGGGUGACAAAGGGCCCCAGGAUGAGGCCCACGAAGCUGACGAAAUCCAGCAGGAGGAGCCUCUACAGGAGAAGCCUCUACAUGAAGACAAGGGAACGCAACAGUUCUACUCUCCAUCCAGAGUCCCUCCAAAAGACGCCCGGGCUGGCUACAGCCUGCAGGACUAUGUUUAAUAUGUUUUAUCCCUAAACACCGCUAUUGUUAGUGGGGUGGAGGGAGAAUCCUGAGGCCAAUCUACUGGCUGCCUUUGUGAGAGGGAGAGAGUGGAGGAGAGAAAAAAAGGGUGAGGAAGGUAAUGACUUUGACAGCCUUUAUCGCCUCCUCUCAUCUCUUCUCUCUUGCUACUGCAAGCUCCAAAGUCUUGGAGAAAGGCAGCUUGUGGAUCCAGAAUCCUGGGGUAAAUGCCUCCUUGACUGCUGCUGUGGUGGGCGGAAAGACACAAGGGUAGGGUAAGGGUAGGGUAGAGGAGAGGUGUCAUAAAAAUGCACACGCGCAGCACAAGUAUUGUAUAUCCUGUGACAAGUUCCUUUAGAAACGGACGCGGAGGCUUUUCCAUACCAAAGGGUUUCAAUGGGAAAACAUUGCUGAUGAUAAUUAGCUUCUAAUAAUAUGACAUCGUUACUUUUGCAUAGUAAGUUACCCACUGGGCACACACUGGUUGAAUAAACAUUGUUUCCAUGUCAUUUCAAUGAAAUGACGUUGAACCAACUUGGAAUAGACGUUUAAUUGAGUAGCGUCGAUGUGUCUGAAAAGGGAAGAUGUUCUUCGCAAGCUUGCAUCUCUUCGACCCCAUUUGCCUUGUGAGAUUAAAAUAAUCAUACUCAAUCCUAUUUUCAAAAGACAAACAGACUGAUUGAUAUUCAGCCUUCUUAGCAUGCUUGUUAAAUAAUGCAGCUCGUUAAAUGAUCUGUAGCUUGUUAAAUAAUGCAGUGGAAUGGAGAGUAGUUACCAAAACGAAGCUACCAAAGCAUGUGCCUAAAAUGUGUUUGUAGAACUUCAACUGUUUGUGAAAGGAGAAUUACAGAAGACUAAAGAAAUGAAAAGGGAGUUCAGAUUCCCACCAAUACCACACACACACACAUAUCCAGUCCAUUUUGGAGGAGCAUAAGGUACAUGGCACCAGGGCAGACUUAGUGAUUUGGAGGCCCCAGGCAGAGGCUAGUCUGAGCCCCUCUCCUGUCAUUUUAACUGUAAAAAUGUACGACCUUUUAAUGUGCGAUGAACACAACCAGUCAUGAUGUUUCCAUCUGAUUGUCAAACAAAUCGCUUAGUAGGGUCCAUUUGCACGUUCAUCCAAAAUAAUUCCAGCAUCCGAAAAGUGCACAGUGCGCACACCAACUUUCCUUUAAAUUAGCAAGUGGCUAAAACGAUCUCACCAGAGAAAGCGUCCGAGUGAGCAAAACAGCGCCCCUCUGUCUUACUAUAUGUAACCCAUGUAUCUGAUGCUGUCUGGACAAAAAGAGUAUGACAUGACAAUCUUUUUAUCCAGGCAAAAUCAGAUACAGUGUCUAUAGAAAGACGACAACCCCUAGGAUUUCUACACAUUUUAUUGUGUUACAAAGUUGGAUUAUAAUGGAUGUAAUUAUUGACAAAAAAAUCAACACGAAAUGCUCUGUAAUGUUUUCUUUUUUAUUACAUAAAAUGUAAACACUAAUAUUCCUUGAUUUUUCCUGUGCUUAGCUAGUUUCUUUUCAUCCUGAAAAACUCCCCAGAUGUCAAGCAUACCCAUACCAUGAUGCAGUCACCACCAUGCUUGAAAAUAAGGAGGGAGUUACUCAGUGAUGUGUUGUGUUGGAUUUGCCCCAAACAUAAGGUUUCGUUUCUUGGCAGUAUUACUGUAGUACUUUGUUGCAUCCAUAUGCAUGUUUUGCAAUAUUUUUAUUCUGUUUAUUUGUAUUCCUCUUUUCUCUGUCAUUUAGGUCAUUAUUGUGGAGUCACUACAAUGUUGUUGAUCCAUCCUAAGUUUUCUACCACUCACUGCCUUUUUUAAAUGAGGCUUUCGAAAAGCUCCCUGGUCUUUGUAGUUUAAUCUGUGCUUGAAAUUCAAUACUUGACUGAGGGACCUUACAGAUGUUGUAUGUAUGGGGGACAUACAUAGGAAAAUCAUGCCAACCCCUAUUAUUUCACACAGAGUGAGUGAAUUUUUUAAGUUUGAUUAUUUUGUACAAAAUGUGUAGAAUUGUCUUUUCACUUUGACAUUAUGGAGUAUUUUGUGUAGAUCAAUUGAUAUAUAUAUAUUUACAAUUCAAUGUAUUUCAAUCCCACUUUGUGAUGCAACAAAAUGUGAAAAAACUUCAAGGAGGUGUAGACUUUCUAUAGGCACUGUACAUGGGCUACACAUACAUGUCCUCUGCCUUGACGACGAGAGCAGUAUUAUCAGCAGCAUCUGUCUUUUUUUACUAAAUAAAUGCGUAUUUGUAUCCCCCCA